AUGCCCAUCCUUAGGCUUAGUUACAGGGAGGAUUUGCAUGGAGGAUGUCUCGGUCUGCUCGCGGUCGGAACCAGACACGCCAGGAUACCUGAGCCAGCCAAGCCGGUGCCCGCAGCCAAGAAGGGCUCCAAGAAGGCCAUCACCAAGACGCAGAAGAAGGGCAACAAGAAGCGCAAGAAGAGCCGCAAGGAGAGCUACUCCAUCUACUUGUACAAGGUGCUGAAGCAGGUGCACCCCGACACCGGCAUCUCCUCCAAGGCCAUGAGCAUCAUGAACUCCUUCGUCAAUGACAUCUUCGAGCGCAUCGCGGCCGAGGCGUCUCGCCUGGCGUACUACAAUAAGCGCUCCACCAUCACCUCCCAUGAGAUCCAGACGGCCGUGCGCCUCCUGCUGCCUGGCGAGCUGGCCAAGCACGCCUUCUCCGAGGGCACCAAGGCCGUCACCAAGUACACCAGCUCCAAGUAG